AUGGCUUCCAGAUCCCCAACAGCAGCAACGCCGCUGCCCAAGUCGUCGGCUGCGCCCGAGAGCCCGAAAGACGCGUCCGAUACCCCAGACACGGUGCCCUUUCCUCCACCCCAGACCUUUGAGAUCAUCCCUCCCUUGCACGGCAUCCUACUUCGCUUGCUAUCUCCCAAGCCCGCUCAGGCUGCACCAACCGGUGUCUCUGGAGAGACCGCAGGAGCUCCUGGGGCUUCGGUAGAUGCACAGGGACAACAUCAGCAAGCGCCUUCGAGCAUCCCGGGUGCUGAUAACAACAAUCCGGCAACUUCGCAAGCUAUACCGGAAGUCACUCUACACGAUUCCAAUGGCGUUCCACCGCUCGACGUUAAAGACCUCCCCACUGCAACCAGCUCGGUCAGAAUUCGGAUACAAAAAGCGCGGGCGGUAGUGGAAGCUCUUCCAGACGUGGACCGCUCCGUCGAAGAGCAACAGGAAGAAAUGACAGAGCUUGAAGAUCGCAUCUCUCGCCUGCGUUCCGUGAUUGCAGACUUUGGAGGCCGAGCUAGGAAGCCUCACGAGGGUCGUCUCGAGAUCACAGCGAGCUGA